AGGCAAUUAGUUUUUUAAGGGAUCAUUUUACCCUAAAAAAACUGAGUAAAGAGUUAACUGAUCAUUUUUUUCAUACCAUCUUCCCCAGUUCUUCGUCUUCUUCCUCAUAACAACGGCAAUCUCCGGUGAUGAUUAGGUUGGCGGCGGCCGCCACUUCUGCCAUCAAGCCGCCGAAUCCACAUUCCUUCCUCUCAGGUCAGCCAUGUUUACCUUCGGUUUGCAUCAAACCUUUGUCGUUUUCGAUCGCUUCCUCGCCUCUCUCAAUCCCAGAGGAAUCUGCUGCACAUACGGAGAUCUCUUCUCAACUCUUCUCGCUUUUAUCCCUCCCAAAUUGGCAGAAGAACGCUUCUCUCAGGAGGCUGUUACCUUCCCUGUCCCCUUCUCAUGUCUCCUCUCUGUUCUCCCGAAACCCGUCUCUCGAUCCCCACACUGCCAUCUCCUUCUUCGAUUAUCUCUCCAGUGUUCCCUCAUUCAAGCUCGAUAUGCAGUGCUAUUUGUCGCUCUUGCACAUUCUGAUUCCCCGUAAGAUGUUCCAGGCAGCGGAUAGAAUACGCGUUUUGAUGAUUAAAUCAUGUGAAAGCGCGGAUGAAACGAAAAAUGUGGUUAAUUUGUUUCUAGGAAUGCAUAAUACUGAUGAUCAUGGUGGUGGGAGUGGUUUAAGAUUUGAAUUUAAGCUCAAUGUUAGGUCUUGUAACACGAUGCUAAUGUCUUUGUCGAGGUUUAUGUUGAUUGAGGACAUGAAAUCCUUGUAUCUUGAGAUGAUAAGGCGUAAGAUUUCACCCAAUAUUUACACAUUCAAUACUAUUAUACACGCUUGCUGUAAACUGGGCAAUGUAACUGAAGCUGAGAUGUAUUUGAGCAAGAUCUGUCAAACUGGGUUGAGUCCUGACGCUCAUACAUACACCUCAUUCAUCUUGGGUCAUUGCAGGAAAAUGGAUAUAACUAGUGCACGUAAAGUGUUCGAUGAAAUGCCUAAAAGGCUUUGUCAGAGGAGUCACGUCUCCUAUAAUGUUCUGAUGCACGGGUUGUGUGAAGCAGGGAAGGUUGAUGAGGCAGUGGAGUUAUUUUCCCAAAUGGGGAGUGAUCAUUGUUGUCCAAAUGUCCAUAGUUAUACAAUUUUGAUCGAUGCAUUGUGCGAUCUGAAUAGGGAAAUGGAGGCAUUGAAUCUGUUUGAUAAAAUGGUGGGGAAAGGUUGCCACCCGAAUGUGCACACUUACACAGUUCUCAUUAACGGGAUGUGUAAAGACAAGAAGCUUGCUGAAGCAAGAAGGUUAUUAGAUUCGAUGAGGGAAAGAGGUCAGGCUCCAAAUGUUGUAACGUACAAUGCUAUGAUUGAUGGGUACUGUAAAGUGCAAAACAUGAAUUCUGCAAUGGAGAUAUUCAACUUGAUGGAGUUAAAUAAAUGUAAGCCAAAUGUACGCACAUAUAAUGAGUUGAUUUCUGGAUUUUGUGGUGUGAGAAUGGUGCACAAAGCAAUGGGAGUACUUGAUAAAAUGCUUGAACAGAAUCUAUCUCCAUCUGUUGUCACAUUCAAUUUGUUGGUCCGUGGACAAUGUGGUGAGGGUCAUAUAAACAGUGCUCUCAGACUGCUUACGUUGAUGGGUGAGAGUGGUGUGGCUCCUGAUGAGUGGACCUAUGGUUCUGUCAUCGACGCAUUAUGUGAAAAAGGCUGCCUUGAACAUGCUCAUUCUAUAUUUGACUCUUUGAAGGAGAAGGGCAUAAAGGCAAAUGAAGUCAUAUACACCACUUUGAUAGAUGGUUAUUGCAGAAUAGAGAAUCUUGAUGCUGCGGUAACAUUGUUCAAAAGGAUGCUUGAUGAACAGUUAUUUCCAAAUUCAUGCACCUAUAAUGUAAUACUUGCCGGUUUAUGCCAAAACAAUAAGCUCAAGGAAGCCACUCAUUUAUUGGAAAGAAUGGAAGAAAGAGGGGUAAAACCCACAGUAGUUACUUACAGUAUUCUGAUAGAGAAGUUGCUAAAAAAUAAUGAUUAUGGCCGUGCUUCUGAGGUACUUAGUUUAAUGGUGUCCUCAGGGACUAAACCCGAUGUUUGCACUUACACUUCAUUUCUUGUGGCAUACUGCAACCAAGGGAAGUUGGAAGAAGCUGAAAAAUUGAUGGCAAAAAUGAUAAAGGAUGCGAUUAAGCCAGAUUUGAUGACCUAUACAGCAUUGAUGGAUGGAGAAGGGCGCCUUGAAGAAGCUUGGAUGCUUGUCGAUCAUAUGAAAAACUGUGGAAUGUCUCCUGGUGAAGAUAUCUAUAACACACUGAUAAAAUGUUGCUGCAAGUCAAAAAGGCAUGAUGCUGCAGCAAAGUUGGUUGAUACAAUGAUUAGUCAUGGGUUUUUACCCCAUUUGGAAGCUUACAAUUUCCUUAUUUGUGGGCUUUAUGGAGAAGGAAGUAAUGAGAAGGCUAAGGAAGCCUUCUUGAAGCUUCUUAGCUGUGGUUAUAAUAAUGAUGAAGUUGCAUGGAAACUGUUAAUUGAUGGCUUACUUAAGAGGGGGCUCUCUGAUGAGUGCUCUGAGCUUUUAGGUGUCAUGGAAAAAAACGUCAAGAAAUCUUGUCCAACUGGCUCCACCUUCUGGCCCAAGGCUGAAAGUAUGUCUGAGGAGGCGGACCCUGUAAAAAGUGGUUCAGUGGGAGCCGAACUGUCUGAAGACUUAGACUGGGAUGAGCUUGGCAAUGAUUUGUAUGCAAUUCCCAAUACCAUGCCAUUACAUUUCAGCACUCCUGUCCACAAGGCCCCACCUUCUAGUAAAGCUGAUGAAGAAAGCAAGAUUAAAGCUCACACCUGGUUUAGAUUGGCAGCAACAACCUGCGGACGGCUUCGGUGCUGGAAGAGGUUAUGUGCGUUGUCCAGGUGGGAAAAUGGUGGGCGGGCGUGGCUUCGGUGAUUCUCUUUACCUCUUGUUUCAAAAUAUGGCAUAUAGUUGUGUCAUUCUUUUGAGUCACAUACUCUUGUUUGUUCUACUCCCUCCGUUCCAAUUUAAAUCAUUUGUUUCGGUUUACGAUGUUGCUGAAGCUAUUUUCAAUACAAUUCAUUUAAGAAUUGAGGCGAAAUUAAAAAAAUAAAAUUUACAUAUUAAAAAACUACUUCAAAA